AUGAUGAUUAAUCCGGACGACUCUACUGAUCAAGAUGACACACCAGCCAUCAUUCCUGUGGCUUCAGCUACCCCCAUUACUCAUCAAGCUUCAACUGCCACCAACACGCCCGUCGUCUCAGUUCGAGUGGUAUUAGAUGAAAUUGAAAGUGCUCCAAUUUUCCUGGAAGAAAACGAAAGAGGCAGGGAUCCUCCUGCCAGGAGCGCCCCCGAAGAAGAAGAAAAACAAGAAGAAAAGCAAGAUGAAGAAGCAGGCAACAAUGGCAACAAUGAAGCCGGAGGAUCUGUUCUUCCAGUGCCCGAUUCCCCAGGAAGGGGCAUUUGGACCCCAACUUUUAUUCACUUCAAGACUGAUGCUGUCAACGAUAACAAUACCAAUAAUAAUUACAACACAAACAACAGCACCGACAACACAAACAACAUCAACACAAACACUGCGGGUCGGAGAUGUCUCUGUGCCAUUAUUGUUAUUUCCCUGGCAGCAGUGGCAAUCACAGGAAUUCUUUGCGGGACUGGGGCUUGUACGGCAUCAGCAUCCACUGAUGCACCUAAUGUUCCCAUGUCCAUGUCACAUCAGCCAACUACCGACCAACCAUUUCUCCAUCCAAAAGAACAACUCUUGAGCCUACAACAGCAAACCCAACAACCAAGCAGCCCACUCCCAAUCCAACUACAAAUCCACCCUCGGCAACACCACCAGAGACAGUUGAGCUCUUUGGCAUAA